AUGUUGUACACAAUUUACGGAUCCGACGGGUCGACCGUCAUCUGCAGCGAUGUGGUGGAGAUGUCGCCAAACACGAACAACUGGAAAGGUCACGACACUGUCAGCGACAAGUGCAGCACUUCGGUCUACAUCCAAGAUCUGUCUUACUUGGGUAUGUUUGGCGGAGGCAGCUGGGAUGCCAGUGUCAAGACUGUGGCUGCCAAUGGUGAAGAGGUGUCAUGUGGUGUGAUUCACCAUGACUGCACGGUCAAGAGUGUCUCCCCGACUGUGGUCAACGAGUACACAUAUGGAUGCGAGUGGUGGUAG